UUCAGCCUACCGGACGGGACUCUGUUACACACAUUUUCGCCGUCUCCUUGGUAACAACCAUUCACCAUACACGUUGACGAUUUAUUUAAACAACAUGGAUAUCCAGGAACGAAAUGUGCGAGGCUGUGGAGAUAACAUCGUAGAAAUGGUUGACAUGGAAGAAGAACAUUUUGCUAUUACAAGUUCCUCCGCAGCAGACGCAGCUUUUGAUGCGGUUAUUGGCUACAUAGAGGACAUCAUCAUGGAGGAGGAGUUCCGGCAUCUUCAGCAGAACUUCAUGGAGAAACACUACCAGGAGUUUGAUGACUCUGACGAGAACAAGCUCAGUUACACACUUAUCUUCAAUGAGUAUGUUGACCUGCUGGAGAAACACCUGGAGCAGCAGCUGAUGGAGAGAAUCCCUGCCUUCAACAUGAACACUUUCACAGAGCUGUUAAUGCAACACAAAGAGGAAGUUCCAGGUGACAUCUUUGACAUGCUGCUGACGUUCACUGACUUCAUGGCCUUUAAGGAGAUGUUUCUGGAAUACAGAGCUGAGAAGGAGGGCCGAGGUCUGGACCUGAGUCAAGGACUGGUGGUUACAUCUCUGAUCUCUGCAGGCUCUAAACACAUCGGCUCCACUCAAUCCCAGUGACAAUCACACUCAAAAAGUCAAAUAUUUGAAUUGUAUCCUCCUCUUUAUGUUUAUAUUACAUUUUGUUCAUUGGCUUUCACAAAGCUGUUAGCUUGUUUUUUGUGAGUUUUGUUUCUACUCUAAUGGUGAGCUGCUGGAUUCAUAUUUCUACAGUUUGCGCACAAUCGACCCCUAAUGGCAAAUUCAUAUAUACAUUCCUUUGUAUUUUAUGUGGCUGGUGGGAUGGUAUGGGUGUUUAAGAGUUUAUAGAUAGAGUGAAGAUGAAAGUAUUCGGCUUUCUGCUUCCUAAGCACUGCACUGGACAUAAUGACUACUUGAAAUAUUCAAAUGAGUUCAACUGUAAGG